AUGAGCUCAUUCCUCAUGGGUUAUCCGCAUGCCCCGCACCAUGUCCAAAGUCCCAUGUCCAUGGGCAAUGGCCUGGAGCCCAAGUUCCCGCCGGUUGCCGAUGACUACCAUCACUAUAACGGCCACUACUCGAUGACCGCCUCCACGGGUCACAUGAGCGGUGCCGUCGGCAGCGGAGCGGUGUCAGGUGGUGGAUCGGUGGGAUCCUGUGGGACCAGCGGGAUGUCAGGACAUCCGCACGCCAUGCAUCCGGCGGACAUGGUCAGCGACUACAUGGCGCAUCAUCACAAUCCGCACACCCACUCGCACUCGCACAACCACACACUGCCGCACCACCACAGCAAUAGUGCGUUGUCCGGACACCACCAGCCUUCAGCUGGUGGAUAUAGCUCCAAUUACGCCGCCGCCACUCCGCCCUCGCAUCCACAUCCACAUGCCCAUCCUCACCAGAGCCUCGGCUACUACGUUCACCACGCCCCCGAGUUCAUAUCCGCCGGAGCGGUGCAUUCCGACCCUUCAAACGGAUACGGCCCGGCGGUAAAUGUUCCCAAUAACAGCAGCGGAAGCGGUGGAGCAGGAAGCGGAGGAGUUAUCGGAGGUGGAGCGGUGGUGGGUUCUGCUAAUGGAUAUUAUGGAGGAUACGGCGGCGGCUAUGGAGCGGCGAAUGGUAGCGUGGGCAGCACCCACUCCCAAGGACACUCACCACAUUCCCAGAUGAUGGACCUGCCGCUGCAGUGCUCCUCCACGGAACCACCGACGAACACGGCCCUGGGACUACAAGAGUUAGGCUUAAAGCUCGAGAAACGCAUAGAAGAAGCUGUACCUGCCGGCCAACAACUGCAAGAGCUGGGCAUGCGAUUACGCUGUGAUGAUAUGGGAUCCGAAAACGACGACAUGUCGGAGGAGGAUCGACUCAUGCUGGAUCGAUCCCCGGACGAGCUGGGCUCCAAUGACAACGAUGAUGAUCUCGUGGACUCAGACAGUGACGACGAUCUGAUGGCGGAGACGACCGACGGCGAGCGGAUUAUAUAUCCCUGGAUGAAGAAGAUCCAUGUGGCUGGUGUGGCAAACGGGUCGUAUCAGCCGGGAAUGGAACCGAAACGCCAACGCACCGCCUACACACGCCACCAGAUCCUGGAACUGGAGAAGGAGUUCCACUACAACCGCUACCUGACGCGGCGGCGGCGCAUCGAGAUUGCCCAUACGCUGGUGCUGUCGGAGCGGCAGAUCAAGAUCUGGUUCCAGAACCGGCGCAUGAAGUGGAAGAAGGAUAACAAGCUGCCCAACACCAAGAACGUGCGCAAGAAGACGGUGGACGCCAAUGGCAAUCCAACACCGGUAGCCAAGAAGGCCACCAAGCGGGCGGCAUCCAAAAAGCAAACGCAGCAGCAACAGCAGCAACAGCAGCAGCAGUCGCAACAAACGCAGCAGCAGCAGCAAACGCAACAGCAGCAGACUCCGGUGAUGAAUGAGUGCAUCCGUUCGGACAGUUUGGAGAGCAUUGGUGAUGUUAGUUCUUCGCUGGGAAAUCCCCCAUAUAUUCCGGCUGCACCGGAUUCGGCCAACAACUAUGCGGGAUCUCAGCAGCAGCAGCAGCAUCUCGGCAAUAGCAACAAUAAUGGCAGCGGCAAUAAUAACAAUAAUAAUAACAACAACAAUAGCAACCUCAAUAACAAUAACAAUCAAAUGGGCCACACCAACCUGCAUGGCCACCAUCAACAGCAGCAACAGCAGCAAUCCGAUCUCAUGACCAAUCUUCAGCUUCACAUCAAACAGGAUUACGAUCUGACGGCCCUGUAGAAUCAGCGGGGAAAUCUGCAAGAUGUCUUCAGCACUGUACAUUAGCUAUCCCUAACAAUCUUUGUAUAAUUUUAUUUCUCAUUUCGGAUCUAUGGCCUUGAGCGCGGGUGACAAGGUUAAGGACAAAUCGGAAUAUACAGUGAACGUAGUUAGUUAGUCAAGUUAAGGAUCGACCACUAGGUAAACGUACCCUCAUCGUAUAGUUAUAGAUAUAAAUAUAGAUUAGAUAUAGUUAUAGAUAUAGUGUUGUAUUCCCAAAUUCCCACAAAUGUUGUAUAUGAGUUGUACUUAAGCACGCUAAGAUUCAGGUAUAAGAGUUUGUAUAAAGACUAGAAAGAUUCGUCAUAGCUGGUAAGUGGCUUACACU